AUGGCUUCUCAGGAGAAAAAGACAGGGAAAUCGCUCAAGAGGCGCUCUUCGGUCAGCACAUCAGACCCGCCCUUGAAGAGGUUUCUGGCUCGGGUUUUGAACAAGCAGCCAGAAGACAACGAACCGACCAGCAGCGGCCAGAACACCGUGCCCGAUCCCAACAAUUUACCAUCACAACGGGACCUGGAGCCGCUUGAUACCAUCAAGGUGCUGCAUUGGUUUGGUAGAUUUAUCUGCGGCAGGUGUCCUAUGAUACCAUCUCUCAGUCCCAUGGACCCUGUGCGCUGGAUUGUUAAUGUGGACAGAGCCCUCUACCUCCAAGGAUGGCAGGCAGAGCCAUUCCUAACACCAGCUACCGUCACCUUUCUUUACUUGGUGUGUAGAGAGGCCAUCUCCAGCUGUCUGGUCAGCAAGCAGGAGUUAAAGGCAGCUCUCAUGGCCUGCCUGUACGUGUCCUAUUCUUACACGGGUGCGAGGACAUCAUACCCCUUCGGGCUCUUCAUUGCAGGCAGCGUGAAGGAGGCUUUUUGGAAUAGAUGCCUGGCUGUCGCCAUAACAAUGAGUGGAGAAAUGCUGCGCAUCUACAACGACCCAGCAUACUUCGCUGAGACCUUCGCGGAUCUGAAGGCUGAAGGCGACUGGGAGAGGAGCUAA